AUGGCGCAGGACACCCCUAGCGGGGCUCCUAGCGGGGCUGGCGAGGAGCAAGGCGAGCGCGCGGGGGAGGGGAAGGGCACGCACGCGCGGAUGGGCGCGGACGGGUGCUUCGUGCUGCGCACGGGCGCGUCGAUGCCCGCCAUCGGGCUGGGCACGUGGCUGGAGGGCGACGGCGGCGAGCAGACGCAGGAGGCGGUGCGCGUGGCGCUGCAGUGCGGGUACCGCAGCAUCGACUGCGCGCACCUGUACGGCACGGAGAUGGCGGUGGGGCGCGCGCUGGCGGAGGCGUUCAGCGCGGGCGUGUGCACGCGGGACGACGUGUUCCUGGCGUCCAAGGUCUGGUGCACCACCUCCAACGCCAGCCGCGUCCUCCAGGCGUGCGAGCGGGCGUUGAAGAACCUGUGCGUGGCGCAGCUGGACCUGUUCCUGCUCUCCUGGCCGCUCGCCUCGCCGCUCAACCGCACGCCCGCCGACGCCACGGACCCGCCCGUAUCGUCCCCACGGCGCGGGCAGGUGUCGCUGAACGUGGCGGAGCUGUGGGCGGGCAUGGAGCAGCUGGUGGCUAGCGGGCGCGUGAAGGCCAUCGGCGUGGCCAACUUCAGCGCGCCCAUGGUGCUGGACCUGCUGCAGCAUGCCCACGUGCAACCCGCCGUCGUGCAGGCGGAGAUCCAUCCACUGUGGCGGCAGGAGCAGCUGCUGUCAGUGUGCCAUGCGAAUGGCAUCCACGUGUCCGCACACACGCCACUGGGCACACCGGGGGUGGCACCGCUGGCACUGUCGUCACAGGAGCAGGCGGAGAUGAACCUCUGGAGUGUGCCCGCCCCCGCUGGCAAGGGGCGCUCGCGCACCGUGCAUGGGCCCAUGCUGCGCCACUAUGCCGUGCAGGACGUGGCUCAGCAGCAUGGCAAGACACCCGCCCAGGUGAUCCUGCGGUGGGCGCUGCAGCGUGGCACGAGUGUGCUGCCGGUGAGUGUGAGGGAGCAGCGCAUCCGCUCCAACUACGACCUGCUCCACUGGUCGCUCACAGACGAGGAGUGGGAUCGCAUCAGUGCCAUCGAGCCGCAGAUCCCGCUGCUUGGUCCCUGCCUCGCCCCCGUCUCGUCGCUGCCCAACAGCACCAGCACCAGUGGCCGCCCUGAGACGUUCCAAGAAGAGGAGGAGGAGGUGGCUGGGGAGGAGGGCGAUAAGGGCAAGGAGGGCCAGGGUUAA